AUGAUCAACUUAGUCUUUUCAACAAUUGUAUCGGCUCCUCCUCCCCCCCCCCCCCCGCCCCCCCGCGCGGGGGAGCCGCGCCCCCCCGCGCCCGCGCUUGCCUCGUGGGUUUAUCGAAGCGGAGUUUUCUUACUCGUGUGCGUGUUGUUUAGAAUGAUGUGUGAGCUUCAGAUAUUGAGAUUUGAGGAGUUUCACAAGUUGUUUGAAUUGGGCGGCGUGGCGGCAGCCGAGGAGGACGAGGCGGCGGCGGUGAUGUUUAGAGAGCAUGUGAGGAUAAGGAAGUUUUUGAAAGCUACAAGUCAUAGGUAUAGAAUAUUUAUAAUCGGGUCUUUCGUGACCAUAACGGCUAGUCAGUUGGGAGCUUUGGUGAUGGUGUUGGCUGCCAAAGGUGACAAGAAUUCCUGCAAUUCAGGAGAUCUCGUGGUAAGCUCGGCGGUUCAACUUACCGGUUUUUUGAUGUGUUUAUUUGGAGCGGCGAGGAUAACCCACAGAGCACAGAGAGUGGUCUCCAUUGCAACCCAAUGGCAUAUGGUAAUGUCCUCCUCACCAGCCAACAAAUUAGACCUGAGCGUCAAUCUUGAUGAAUCCGACGGUGAGGAUUGCGAGGCUAAAGUUUCUUCUCUUCAACCUUCGCUUUGCCAAAUAUGUUCCACGUUCGAGUCACGACAAGCUUUAGUGACAUAUUUGCAACACAAUGGUGGGGGGAUCACAUUAUUUGGUUUUGCUCUGGACAGGGGUUUGCUUCACACACUCUUCGCAUUUGAGAUGACUCUGGUUUUGUGGAUCUUGAGCAAAGUUGUUGUUCUCUCUUAA